UAGAGUGGAGAGAUGGGCGGGGCGCUCCUCCCGUGAAAGCCGGCUUGCAGGUAUAUAAGGCGUGGGCUGGACGGAACUGGCAGGGACACUUGGGCUGAAGGCAGUGAGCAAACAACAGCACCAACCAUGAAGUUCUACGUGUGUGCGGCUGUGGGCCUCCUGGCAGUGGUGGCGCUGGUGCACGCCGACCCUGAGCCCGAGGCCCUUGCUGAGGCUGACCCUGAAGCCUCCCGCCCCUACUACCACCACUAUGGCUACCCCUACUACUAUUACGGCCGCCCUUACCACCACUACGGCUACUACCACCACCACCACCACAAGCGGUCUGCUGAACCCGAGGCUGCGGCUGAUGCUGACGCGUCCAGAUACAACUACCACCGCCACGGCUACUACGGCCACCCUCGCUACUACGGCCACCCUCACUACUACGGCCACCCCCACCACCCCCACAAGCGUUCUGCUGACCCAGAGCCCAGCGCUGACGCUUCCCCUGAGCCCAGCCGCGCCUACUACCACGGCCACUACUACGGCUACCCCGGCCACUACUACGGUUAUGGCCACCGCUACUACUACGGUUACCCCCGCAAAUACUACCACUAGAAGCGCAUCUUUCCGCCACACCCAGCAGCCGCCUUCUCUCUCUCGGCGGUAGGGGCAUGUGUCCUAACAACAACGAAACGCUUACCCGAGGCGGCUGAGGGAGAGGCGACGAUACCAGCCGCAGGAUAGGCCGGUUCUGCUCACGCCGGUUUUUCUCGCGCGCAGGUGUCGCCCCAGACGCCCCGGGGCACCCGGGUGAGGCGCCGCCCCGCCCCGGCAUCCUCAUCCACUCGCCUGAAUAAAGUUACUCUCCACUAA